AUGCAUCGUGGUCAAGUUAGUCUCGCCAAGCCGGCGACGUCCGCGGACGUCAUCCGACCUCACGGAUCCGGACCACUUUUACCGGGUGUGAAAAAUUCCACUUCGGUGAUGAAGAGUGGGGGGCGAACCCCCCAGGCGCCGCCUACUUGUUUGACGGUUAUAUAGGCUCCAAGAAAGGCGCAGCCGACUCGCGCCGGUUUUCGCGUCGCGCCUCGGCCGCGGUGGUUUUCAAUCGCUUUUUCUUUGAAACGGCCUUGAAAAAAACAUGUUAAGGUCCAAAAAUCGACGAGCAACUGAAUUUUUCAAUUUUAACGGGAAGUUUUCCACUUUUUCCGAGGGAAAUUCUUGAAAUUUCCAUUUUUCGUGAAUUUUCUUCAUUCAAAAGCUAAUAAUUGGUCAAUAAAACUAAUUCGAAAUCAAAAAAAUCAUAUUAAGAUUUUUUUGAAUUCGUGAAAAACCAUUAUCUGUUGUUUUUUUAAAAAUAACUUUUAUGUUCCCACAUUCUUUCAAAUUUCAAAUUUCCAAAAAUUUAAUUGUCCUUCCGCAAAUCACCCAACAUAUUUGCCGAUAUCGCAGCGGGCCGCAGGCGAUAUAGCCAAGGCUUCUUGCUGCGAUAUCGUCAAAGUCUCGCUGCCAUAUCGCUCUCUUUCAAAAAUUUUAAAUUAAAAAAAAAUUUUUUUGCUUUAUUUUUGACUUUUAUGAUGAAAUGGAUCAAAUUCAAGAAAAAACAUUUUUGAAGAAAAAUUUUUCAGAGAGCGAUAUAGCGCAAGACGUUUGCGAGGUCGCAGCGAGAGGCGAGCGAUAUCGCUCGCGCACUAAGAAUAACUGACGAGAUAAAAGGCGAGUCGGUGGCGGUACAUUGACGAGCUCGCAAACAUCUCGCUUUUUUCAAGGCGCGAUCUCGCAUUUCUCUCGGCGCGACCUCGCAUUUUUCUGGGCGCCAUCUCGCAUUUAUCUCGCACUUCGAAAAUUUUCAAAUUGCGAGAGAAAUGCGAGCUCGCGCCCAGAAAAAUGCGAGACCGGCGCGAGAAAAAAAGCGAGAUGUUUGCGAGCUCGUCAAUGUACCGCCAGUGUCUCGCGUUUAUCUCGGCAGUUAUUCUUAGUGCGGCUCCCCCGCAGUAUAGUAUUACUCUCUCUGCGAUAUAGUCCACAAUAUUGGGUGAUUGCAUAUUGAUUAAUAAUUCUGACAUGAGUUGAAAAAAAUGAUAAAAAAAUCACUAAAAAAAUUUUUUUAAUUGAAGUCGAAAUUUCUGGUUCAAAAAUCGAGCUGAAUUUCAAUUUGAAAAAAAUUUAUUUCUAAUAAAAAAAUUGAAAAAUUCGGAAGUGAGACUUUAUUGAUUCAAACUUCUAUAAAAUUUUUUUCAAAAAAAUCGGGAAAUUCUGAUAUUCCAAUAGAAAAUCUAAUAGAAAACGGAAAGCAACUAAAAAAAUUCAUAUCGAUCGCAAAAAAACCUCAUUAAAUAAUCGAUAAAAAAAUCACAAAAAAACUCUAUAGAUUAGUCAAAAAUCCAGAAUAAUAUUCAACUCGAUUCAAAAAUUCGGAAAACAGUCAAUUUUUCAAUUGGUUUCGUUUCUGUGAGCGAAAUCAUAGAAAAACGUUCUACAUUCAUUAAAGCCGAGACAAAGCAUCGAAAAAAAUAUCAAUCAGCGCGAGCCGCGGCGAGUCGGCUGCAUCUCUUUGGAGGACUAUAUAAUUUGUAAAAUCAACGUCAACUUUCGGGGGCUUGCCCCCAACAACCCGCUCCCCAAGCAACACACAAUUUCCAUCGGAUACUGGUCCGAAUCCGCAUCCGUUGCGUAG